UUAUAGGUCUGAGUUAUUCAGUUUUGAAAGGAGUUUUGAAAAAAGGAUAUAAAGUUCCAACACCUAUUCAGAGAAAGACUAUUCCUCUAAUCAUAGAAGAGAAAGAUGUUGUUGCAAUGGCAAGAACUGGAAGUGGAAAGACAGCUGCAUUUUUAUUACCAAUGUUUGAAAAACUCAAAACUCAUUCUGCUAAAACAGGAGCUCGUGCACUUAUUUUGUCUCCAACAAGGGAAUUAGCUUUACAGACUUUUAAAUUUACUAAAGAGUUGGGAAAAUUUACAACAUUAAAAGCUGCAGUUAUACUUGGAGGUGAUAAUAUGGAAGAUCAGUUUUUGGAAAUUCAUAAGAAUCCAGAUAUUAUAAUAGCAACUCCUGGAAGAUUGCUGCAUGUAAUUGUUGAAAUGGAUUUAAAACUUUCAAAUAUUGAAUAUCUUGUUUUUGAUGAGGCAGAUAGAUUGUUUGAAUUGGGCUUUUUUGAACAGUUACAAGAAAUAAUAAAUCGUUUACCAGAGCACAGGCAGACUUUAUUAUUUUCAGCAACUCUUCCUGCAAUAUUAGUUGAUUUUGCAAAAGCUGGCUUAAGAGAUCCAGUUCUUAUUCGAAUGGAUGUGGAAAGUAAAUUAAGUGAAAAUUUAAAGACUUCAUAUAUUUUUUCUCGGACAGAAGAUAAAUUGGCCAUUCUUCUCUAUCUGUUAAAAUUUGUUGUUCAGGAAGGACAGUUGACUGUUAUAUUUGUAGCUACUAGACAUCAUGCUGAAUAUAUCAAAAUAAUUUUGGAAAAAGCCAAUAUUUUAUGUACCUAUGUUUACAGCAGUUUAGAUCAAACUGCUCGUAAAAUAAAUAUAGCACAAUUUCGAUCACGCAAAAUAGGUAUACUUAUUGUAACAGAUAUUGCAGCAAGAGGUAUUGAUAUUCCACAUCUGGAUAAUGUAAUCAAUUACAAUUUCCCAGCUAAACCGAAGUUAUUUGUACACAGAGUAGGUCGUGUUGCUCGUGCUGGUCGAAGUGGUUCUGCAUAUUCACUAAUAGCACCUGAUGAAGCAGCUUAUUUAUUAGAUCUCUAUUUGUUUUUAAAUAGACCAUUACAUUUUUCAGAAAAUACCUCAGACGAAACAAAUGAUUUAUGUGGUUCUGCACCUCAAAGUAUAAUUGAUGAAGAAGCUGAUCUGAUAUUAGAAUGGCAUCAAUCGUGUAUUGAUUUAAGGAAUUUAAAGAAAGUUUGUGAAAAUGCUUACAAACAAUACAUUAAGUCUCGUCCAGCUCCUUCUUCAGAAUCUGUUAGAAGAGCGAAAGUUAUUUUUAAAACACCUCCAAAAUUACAUUUGUUAUUUACAGAUAAAGAAGAGACUNCGAUCCUAUCUCUUAGCCACUUGUACUCGCUUUUCAUCGCACCCCUCCUCCGUGACACGCGUCGUCACUGUCCAAAUGAUUUAUGUGGUUCUGCACCUCAAAGUAUAAUUGAUGAAGAAGCUGAUCUGAUAUUAGAAUGGCAUCAAUCGUGUAUUGAUUUAAGGAAUUUAAAGAAAGUUUGUGAAAAUGCUUACAAACAAUACAUUAAGUCUCGUCCAGCUCCUUCUUCAGAAUCUGUUAGAAGAGCGAAAGUUAUUUUUAAAACACCUCCAAAAUUACAUUUGUUAUUUACAGGUAAACAAGUGAUAGUCACUUGGUUAGAAUCCUAUAAUAUGUUGUUUAAUAAAUUUUUUCAGACAAUAUUUGAAGUUGGAUCUACUGCAAAAAGUCAAGCUGGUGAAAUCAUGAGAUCUAAAAGAAAAUAUCAUAACAAAAUAAUAAAUAAAACAAGAAAUUUUCCUUCAGUUGACAGCUGUUCAAAAGAGUUUGAUGAAAAUAUUUCAGAUCUGCAUGAAGCUGAAACCAAGGAAAUGGUUAUGGAUCAUAAUGGAAGAUCACAAACUUUAGAAAUUACUUUUACUGAAAGUAAUAAAGUGAAUACAAAAAGAAAGAAAAGUUAUAAGAAUGGUGAUUUUUAUAUUUCGUACAGACCAGAAUAUCAUCAUUCAGAGAAAGGAUUGGAAGUUGAGAAAAAUUUUGAUCAACAAAUUAACAAUGCUAUCUUAGAUUUAUCCACUGAUGAUGUUACAGAAAUAAAUAAACAGAAGAGUAAACUAAAAUGGGAUCGCAAGAAGAAAAAAUUUAUUAGAGGAGAUAACAAUGAUCCAAAAAAUAAGAAAAUUAAAACAGAAAGUGGUGUAUGGAUCCCCGCCUCUUAUAAAUCUGAUAGAUAUAAACAGUGGAAGGAUAAAUUUAAAAUAACUCAACCUUUGAAAUCAACUGAAGAGGAAGUAGAAGAAAGUGAAUUUGGUAAAGAAAGACCAGGAAUGAAAGCUGUUUUGAAGAAGAAGUAUCAGAAUAAAAAGAAUUAUCGUCCAGAACUGAAAACAAAAGAAGAGAUUCUGAAAAACAGGAAAAGAAAAGCCAAACUUGUAUUUCAUCAAAAACAUCGACGUAAUGAAAAGUUGCGAAGAAAAGGUCUUAAAAAAUAACUUUUAUGUAAAUAAAAGCUUUGAUAAAAACUUGUUUAUUAAAUGCAAUGUCUCUCUUAAGAUAAAUUAUUUAAUUAAUACAGCUCUCCCUUGAUAGUCUGAUGUUUUUUAAUCCGACAUGCUCAGUAGUCUGACGUACUGCCCGUCAAGAUACCCAUCCCUGUUACGUGUCUGCUUGCACAGAAGCAUGUUGCGAUGUGAAUCUCUCCAUCCAAUUCUUACACGAUGACACACAUUUUGUGUGUUUUCUGUGAGCAGUUUUGUUCGAGCAGUUGGAGUAGGGAAUAUUGUAAGCUACUGCUAGCAAAACAAUGCAAAAUAUGUAAUUAUUUUCGGUAAUCUGGACAAUUUUGGUAAUCCAAUACCCCUUUGGUCCCAUACCUGUUGGACUAUUAAGAGAGAGCUGUAUAAGCAAUAUUGUAAGACUUUAUUGGUUAAUAAGACAUUUUUUUUUUAACACUUCACUCAAUUGUAUUCUUACUAUUGGAAAAUGAAUUAAUGCAUAUUUUUUUAAAACAUUUUAUGAAUAUUUUAUUCGAUAUGUCUCUUGAAAGCUGAUAAAAUUCAAAUCAUGGUGAUGCUGCAAUAGUUGUGCUGCUCAUACACACUCUGGACAAAAGUAUAGGACUAGAACAAACCUCUAUUUUGUAG